CUUCGUCUCGAUGCGCCAAUUGUGAACCUAGCCCUCCAUCUGAAAAUUCUUCAGACACUUCGAAUUGAAGAUUAGCCCCAAACCUAUCCUUGUUUAAACUUCCUUUAUCAAAACCGAAUUCGCCGAGGAAAUGAGUACAACGAUUUACAUGUUGUUGCGUCAUAGAUGUGGGGAAAUGGUUUUCUCUAUGUUUGAAAUCAAGAUCCCAAAAGAUGAAACAGCGGAACCUCAUCAUCUCUCUGCGAUUCUUGAAUUUCCGGAACAAGAAUAUCCCAGAGGAAUGUGCUCCGUCCAGUUGGGGUCUGAAUUCUACUUUCUUGGUGGGGAACACGACUUGGAGGAUCCCAGGCCUCCUUUUGAUCAAUGGUUUCCAAAAGAUGUGUAUAUCUUUGACCCUAUUGACGGCAAAGGUUCGAUGAAAAGGGGUGUGUCUAUGAACACCGGAAAAUGUGAUCCAUGUGCAGUUGUGGCUGAUGCUGGGGAAGAUAGCAGCGGCAAAUACCUGUAUGGAUUGCAUGGCUUUCGCAACAACCGUAUCUUAAGGUUAGGGCCCUUGUCUAAUGUAGACCAAAAUCCAAGAAUGCUCAGCAGCGUCCCAAUUAAGACUAUAUCAAUGAUGGAAGAAGUCGACUCUUUUCAUAAGUUGAAUUGUAGCAGUUUUAUUUUGCACUUGGGGAAUCGGCGUUUCUGUUAUCUGCUCACUGGAUCUCCUCCUCGUGGUUUUGGAUUUCCUGCUACUAUUCAAGAUGAUUACUCCCGCACUGUUAAAUUGUUUGUCUUCGAGGAAACCAACUGCAGUGCAUCCGAAUUUUAUCCAAAUGUUGUUUAUUCUGCUAGUUUUGAGAUCAAAACUUCAUUCAUUAAUAGGGGUGAUAUCAUUAGCUGCCAUAUCCUUAGCCCAGGAGAGGAGCAUGAGAGCAUGAAGAGGAAACAAGAAGAUAACUGGAAGCAUGAGAGCAUGAAGAGGAAACAAGAAGAUAACUGGAAGCAUGAGAGCAUGAAGAGAAACAAGAAGAUAACUGACAAAGUGGACUGGUUGAAAAAGUUUCCUACCUUAUGUUGAUUGGGUAAUUGGAUGAUAAGUAAAAUAUCAUAAGUUCUUGGAUAGAUGGUUAAUUUUAAGAUAAUUUGGUCAUGUGUUUUGAAGAUGAUAACGCGUAUAAUGUUUUCAUGAUGUGGUUUGGAAGGAUUUUUUAAAGGGCGUCAGGGUCCUUCUCUUGGAGGAGGAUACAAGUUAUGUUGCAGAAAUAAAAUCAAAACUUGAAGCAAUGGAUUAUAUUGGUUAGAGAUCGUGAUUUCCCCUUUUGUUCUUCACCAUUUGUGUACUUCUUUUAUUUUUGUUCUGAUUUAGAAAUUUUUAUUGCAUUGUUAACUUUGUUGGCUAUAGAGUCUCAUCUCUUUA